AUGGCAGACACAUCGGCUGAUCGACGCCACGAGGUGGUCUUGGAUUAUCCGAACGAAGCGCAUCCUCCAAAGCGACCCAGAGACGAUAGGGCUCCAAUGCUGCACAUUUCUGGAGGCGGCGCUGCUGCAAAGAGACGGAAGACUGAGAACAAGACAGCAAGAAGUCGCAUGAAACCAUUCCCUCUGAGCAUCGUCUCUAGCGACUACGGCCAUGCAAGUCACGAUGCUGACUGCUUCGUGUCCCAUCUACUUGAUGCUGUCAGACUGAAUAACACCCGGCACGAUCUGCAACAGACUCUGACCAAACUCGAGGCAGAACCGCCCGUGCCUUUCUUGCAAGGGUCUGUGCGGAAGAGGCUCUGGUUCAAAGUGACUUGCCAUCGACAGCUGCGGGCUGAGCAGUUCGCCGUGAAGACCGCUUCGGUGAAGUUUCUGCAGUGCGACAAAGGUACUGCAAGACUCGAACUUGGCAAGACCUUUCAGGCCGCGAGAAGAGCACUGCAAGUAUCGAGAGAGCAGUACGUGGCGCGUCUCCACCGCAUCUUGACGAACGCGGUGACGGCGGCUUUGGGUGAUCGCAUCAAGACCAGACAUGAGCUUGUGAAGUGUAACAUUCAGCAAAUGCCACCUCAGCCUACGACUUCCGACUGGACUUGCGAACUGCCCUUCCGAGACGACCGCGGCGAAGAAGGACGGCCCUUUUCUCUGCACGCUGAAGAGGGCCUCCCAGUCCCUGCCAGGAACUUAUACAAUCUCAAACUACAGAAACAAAUCGCCGAGCGCGAACUGAACACAGAACCCUAUCCCGGCUGCUCUCAGAAGGAUUACGACGACCUGCUGGCGAGGCUGAAACGGGCAGAUUAUCAUGCUAUUGAGAAGAUUCUCCUCGAACGAGUCGAAGCCGUUGAAACGCCUUACCAGGAGACCCGCAAGCAGAUGCGAGACUUCAUCGAUAACGAACCACAAUUCUCCAUCGCGAGUUGCUCACGUUGUACAAGCGACUACAACGCCGACUACAACGCCGUGACCAAGAAUCUAGAUGGGGCUGCACUGCCUAAGCUCGCCAGUGCCAGAGCGGGUGCUUUAUAUCCGGCUGGGUUGGUGAGGCAGUGGCAGUAUCCCAUCGCGACGAUGACUAUGCCUGGGCAUCCUGAAGAUGUUGCGCAUUCGGAUGUCUCGAGUGGUAACGGUCUGGAGCCUGCGAUUGGUCUGGACACUGUGUCGAAUAGUUGUGGACUUGAUCAGGAUGCUGAGAGCUUGGAGUACAAACAGAAGUGGUUGCAGAGGUAUCGGAAGAUUGUGGAUGAGGGGCGACGGGCUUCGGAAGAUGAUAUGAGGGCUUUGAAGAGGGACCCGAGGACUGGUAUCACAUGA